GUAUUACGCGCGAUGUGCGCUGCAAACAGACCUCCAUUAUUUUGGCAUGCAACACGCUAAGCGGCAAAUAAUAACUUUACGAACAUGUGAUAUUUUAAUUCGAUUACUGACUAACGUAAUGAGAUUAUUUAAAGGAUUAAAGUUGAAUUAAUCAUUGCUACGAGUUUUACAGGUAAUCUUUGGACUUAGUAGCUAACCGUAACGAACAGUUGUAAAUCUCUGCAAUGGGUAGUACAAUGUUGCUUAGAAAAUUCAACACCUUCUCUUGUCUUAUGAAAGAGAAACCAACCAACUUGAAAGGGAAAAAACACAGCUCGCAGCAAUGGAUCGUGAGACAAUUGAAAGAUCCCUACGUAGAAAAAGCUAAGCAACACAAUUAUAGAUGUCGGAGUGCCUUUAAACUCCUUGAAAUCAACAACAAGCAUCACAUAUUGCAACCAGGAAUGAACGUAAUAGAUUGUGGGGCUGCUCCUGGAAGCUGGACUCAAGUUGCAGCGCGUCUAGUCAAUGCAGAUGGAAAAAUGUUGGAUGAACCAGUAGGAAGCGUCAUAGGUAUAGAUAAACUGCCUAUAUAUCCUAUAGAAGGUGCAACUUUACUAGCAAAUAUGGAUUUCACUAAAAAAGGAACACAAGACCUGAUAAAGCAAUGUUUAAAUGAAAGGUUUGUUGAUGUCGUCUUGUCUGAUAUGGCACCCAAUGCAAUUGGCAUGAAAGAAGCAGACCAUGAAAAUAUCAUCAAACUGGCAUACUCAGUUUUUAAAUUUGCCCUGGAGGUAUCGUCAUAUGAAUCUACUCUAGUUAUAAAAGUAUGGGAUGGCAAUAUGAGCCCUGCGCUUGAAAAAGAUUUAGAAAUAUUUUACAAAGUAGUAAAAAUUGCAAGGCCUCAGGCUACCAGAGACGAGUCGUCAGAAAAAUUCAUCAUUGCAAAAGGUUUCAAAGGAUUGAAAACUCAAGCCAAAUUCGGAGACGUCAUUGAACGGAGAGUGAACCGAUGCAGCAGCAGCAGCAGCAACAGCUCGGCACAUGAAGAGAUGGCUAUGAAAAAGAAGGCGAAAAAAUCAUCAAACAGGCUUCUGCUCCGAGUGGAUUCCGCGAUUUCUAUAUAAAAUUAAAAGAAGGAAAUUAAACUGCAAGAAAGGAACGAGUGAAAGAGCAAAAUAUAUCUAUAUCAUAAGCGGACGCGAAGAGAGGUGUUGGUGCGUCGUGCGCGGAGAGUUUUUUAUU